CUGUGCAUAAUUUGUAUGCCAUCAUCUGUUCAUUAAUUCCUUCAAUUUUUUCUGCUUUAUGCCCCUAUUCAAUAGUGCCAAGGAAGAGCUUCUUUUUCUGGAGGGCCAGCGGCUUAUUAUUUUUAUUAUUAUUAUUCUUUCUUUUUAUUAUUAUUUAUUGUCUCCUCUUUAACCAUUUAUUACUUAAAGGACUUUCUUUCUUUUACGGCUGGCAGCAAUUUGUGAAGGAGGAGAGGGGUACGUGCCGAUCCGGCGCAACAGUCUACUUAAAUCCUUAUAACUUAACCUAGGGGAGUCGGAUCGCGACAAAUUUUGUACCAAUCGACGCAGCUAGUCAAGCCGCGUCGAUUGGUACCAAAAAUGUCUUGCUAGGACAUUUUUACGCUGAGUUAUGGCUCCGCGCCAAACUGGGGUCGCGGCGAAAUGGCAUCAAUUGUAUUUCAUAUAAGGCUAUUUAUUAUUCAUUUGGUGUGUAUUUUUGGAGAAUGCUUGGAAAAUGAUGUACAAAAAAGAAUUCCUCUUCUUUUUUAUGAACUCCUCCCUCAUGAAAAUAUUUUUCUUAAACGACGCCAAUUUGCUGUCAAUAAUUUUGUUUUAAUAUUUUAUUAUUUGUUAUUUUAA